CAACAUCAUAAUAUAUACAUACGUACCAAAUGGCUGCCUCUGUUCAAUUUUUCCCCUUAUACCCACCACCCUCCGAUCAACAUCCCCACCCUUCUCCCUUCCCGGCUCCACCGCAUCACCCACUUCAACCACCGCCUCCUUCUUCCUACAUUUCCCCACCUCCUCCCCAUCACCCACUUCAACCCCCGCCUCCUUCCCACUUCGUUCCUCCACCAUCACCUAGUCCUCAUUUCCCACCGCAACCUAAUCCUCGUCCUCAUCAUCCACCGCCUCCACCCCACGUUCUUCCACCACCUAGUCAUCAUUUCCCACCGCCUCCACCUCACGUUCUUCCACCACCUAGUCCCCAUUUCCCACCGCCGCCACCUGGGCACCAUUCAACUGUUAUCAUCGUGGUUGUAGUCUCUCUUGGAGGUUUAUUUUUUCUUGCAUUCCUUGCUGCUGCUCUCUUCUGCUGUACCAAGAAAAGAAGAAUGUCUUCUCAGAAAACUGAAAUCACCAAGUUUGAUGAACACCUCAAAGUCGAAGAAGUCAUAGUGCCAGGACCCCAUGGCGAACCAACGAGAAUGGUCAUGGUUGAGGAAGACAUUCAUUUGGAAGAGGAUAUUUACAAGACUGAAAAGCUUAACCAUGCUCCUCACCUUAAUUCAACUGGAGGACAUGCCAUUGAUAUAUCAGAGCCAAAGCAUCACCUUGUUGAGCACAAGUCCUAACUCAUGAGCCCGGAAACAAAAAAAAAAAAUAUAUCAUCUUUACUAAAUGUUAUCAAUUAUCUAUUUCGAUCAUCUAAUGAAUAAUGACAAUAUAUUCUAUCAAAUCUUCAAACCCA